CGGAGUGAGGAGGAGAUUAGGGGGCAGGUGCGAGGGAGGGAAGAGAAGAAAGCGGGCGGCUAGGGGGCGGUUACCACCCUAGCCGGACUCGCCCGGCACGUUGAGGGGCCCCUGAGUGCGGCAGGAAAGGAGCGGAGCCCGAAGCGGCGCCGAAGGUAGGCGCUCCCGAGGGUCGCCGCGGUAGCGGCAGCGAGGUUGUGGGCGUAGUGCGGCUUUGGCGGCGGGAGUGGUGGCCUCGAGGAGUGGGACGAGCGUGGCGUGGAGCUAGGGGUCCCGGCCUCGCCGCGCUCGGGGGAGCUCCAGUUCCACGAAGCGGUUACCUCCGGUGUCCCCCGAGAGCCGUGGAGCGGAGAGCGUGUGUGGGCUGAGCUGCCCAGUCCUAGCAGCGAGAGGGCGCACCCUGGCUGUGUGAGCCUUGCCGAGCGGGAAGACACCGAGUGUCUGGAGCGGGGAAGACCAGCAGUGCAGGGAGCAACCAGGCACCCUGAGAGCCCAAAUGCCAAGCUAGCGGGAGCGCGGGCGCCCUGCCGGCUGGCGGACGGCGAACUUUCCUUUCUCCCGUCAUUGUUACGACCCUAACCUUGGCUUUGGUGGAGACUGGCAACCUGCGUUCAUUAUUUGUCAGAAAGAAAGUGGAGUGGGCAUCUCAAGGCUAUCCAUAGAUAACAGAAGCAAGGAUCCUACAAUCAAAAGUGCUUCUGUGCUUAGUCUUUGGAAAAAGCUUACGUGAUCUAAUCUUCCAGACUUGGGAAAGGAAAGGUAACCACUGAAAGAGUGGUACUUGUCAAGGCCAUCGUGUCGUGAAGAGUGUCUCAGAUGCAAGCAUUGGUAUAGCAGAACAUUGGUGGUGGGCCAGGGCCCCAGAGUAUCCCUGUGGUAGCAGUGAAGAAUCCAGUAUCAUAUUGUGGAGUGGUCAAGAUCCACCAGUGUGAAGCAUCAGGCUUUGACCUUUGUUCUGGAAGACGAUCUCAAAGGAUGCACCAUGAUGAAACGACAGAGACCUUUCAGCAGCAGUGAGAGUUCAGAUGAGUGUCCUUCUACUUCUUUUACUUCUAGCUUAAUGUAUAGGAAGAUGUCAAAAAAUCCCAAGGAACAUAAGAAGUCUGCUGAGGUAUUCCGAAAGGACCUCAUCAGUGCGAUGAAAAUCCCUGACUCUCACCAUGUUAGUCCUGACAGCUAUUACCUCUUUACUGACACAUGGAAAGAAGAGUGGGAAAAGGGAGUACAAGUGCCAGCCAGUCCAGACUCUGUUCCAACACCUUCUCUCAGAUCAAGAAAUAGAACAUUAUCAACACCCCAGAAGCCUUUCUUCUGCUCCCUGCCAGUAACUGACCUCCCUCACCGUAGGAUUAUAUCUGAAAGGGUAAAGGAAGUUCUCUUUGUCCGGCCGCGGAAAUAUAUCCGUUGCUCUAGCCCAGAGUCUGCAGAGCCUGGCUAUAUCAAUACCCUAGAGCUGGCAGCAUCUACAUGCCGAUAUGACCUAGAUGACAUGGACACCUUCUGGCUUCAAGAACUCAAUGAAGACCUUGGAGAAAUGGGUUAUGGGCCAAUUGAUGAGACACUUAUGGAAAAAACAAUAGAAGUUCUAGAACGCCACUGCCAUGAAAAUAUGAACCAUGCUAUUGAGACAGAAGAAGGGCUAGGAAUAGAAUAUGAUGAAGAUGUGAUCUGUGAUGUGUGCCAGUCUCCAGACAGUGAAGAAGGGAAUGAUAUGGUAUUCUGUGAUAAGUGUAACGUCUGUGUGCAUCAGGCUUGCUAUGGCAUCCUUAAGAUUCCAGAAGGCAGCUGGCUGUGCCGUUCCUGUGUCCUGGGCAUUUAUCCACAGUGUGUUUUGUGUCCUAAGAAAGGUGGAGCCAUGAAGACCACCAGGACAGGGACUAAAUGGGCCCAUGUCAGUUGUGCCCUGUGGAUUCCUGAAGUCAGCAUCGCUUGUCCUGAGAGAAUGGAACCCAUCACAAAAAUCUCCCAUAUUCCACCUAGCCGGUGGGCCUUAGUUUGCAGCCUGUGCAAGUUGAAGACGGGGGCUUGUAUUCAGUGCUCUGUGAAAAGCUGUAUCACUGCCUUUCAUGUCACCUGUGCCUUUGAGCACGGCUUGGAAAUGAAGACUAUCUUAGAUGAAGGUGAUGAAGUAAAAUUCAAGUCAUUUUGCCUCAAGCAUGGCCAAAACAAGCCAAAAAUUGGGGAGCCUGAGUACCACCACCAUAGAGUUGCUGAGCAGAGCCAGGCAAAAAGUGAGAAAACCAGCCUGCGGACACAGAAACUUCGUGAACUAGAGGAAGAAUUCUACACCUUGGUCCAGGUGGAAGAUGUUGCCAAAGAGCUGGGGCUAUCUGCAUUAACUGUUGACUUUAUCUAUAACUACUGGAAACUGAAGCGCAAAAGCAACUUCAACAAGCCAUUAAUUCCUCCCAAAGAGGAUGAAGAAAUUGGCUUGGUACAGCCAAAAGAAGAAAACAUCCAUACUCGCAUGAGAAUGUUUAUGCACCUGCGGCAGGACCUAGAGAGGGUUCGAAAUUUAUGCUACAUGAUAAGCAGGCGAGAGAAGCUAAAACUUUCACACACCAAAGUGCAUGAACAGAUCUUCAGUUUGCAAGUCCAGCUUAUCAACCAAGGAGUUACAGAAGGACUUUCUUUGACAAAUGCACUAGAGAACUCAUUGUUUUACCCACCACCACGUAUCACCUUAAAGUUGAAAAUGCCUAAAUCAACCUCAGAAGACUGCAGAGACAGCUCCACAGAAACAGAACACCAACCCUCCUCACCUGGCAGCAGCUCCCCUGGUCACAAUAAAAGGAGCCCACAAAUGCCUGAGGAGCCACUGGACAUGAAUGUGAAAAUGUACCCAAGACAUCCACUAGAAAUCAAGAGUAACUGUUUGCUGGCUAGUCGCAGUCAUUUUCGAAGUGAAGCCAAGAGUUCCAGUCCUGCUCAGAGACCUCCAUCUGCCGAGUUCUAUCAUGGGCAAUCAUUAGGAAAGCCUCUGGCCCUUCAGGCUGCCCUCCACGGACAGGCUUCUAUUGGUAAUGGGAAGAAUCAGCCUAACUCCAGGCUUGCCAGUUCCAAUGGCCUGGAGGGCAACUGGUCUGGAAACAUCACCCAGAAAGAUAAUUUAGAUGAGAUUUUCUGUGACCAGGCGUCAGUGCUCAGCCCCCACUUGCCCAGUCAGGGCAACAUUAGAAAAUCUGGCAUAGAACACUUUAGCAGAUCCUUUAAGGAGGCCACCAAUACAUGGGUGAGGCCCACUGAGGACCUCCAGUACUGUGUUAAACCAACUAAGAAUGUGAGUUCUAAGGAGCAGUUGUGGGGUAGACAGCUUCUCAGGCGGUCAGCAGGAAGAGCUCCAUAUCAGGAAACGGAUGGAUAUUGCCCUGAUUUAGAGCCCAGCGAUUCAGAAGCAGAAGGGGAAGGGAGUAAAGAAACAGCAAGGGUAAAGAGAGAAAGUUCUGACCGAGAAAAUCCUUCUCAUGAUUCUGUUCGGGAAUGCCAUGGGAAAAGCGAGACACAUCCUCAUUCCCACAGCUCAAUGCAACGGUGAUCAGAAAUACCUAAGCAGCCUUUGCCUUUGCCCCACAUUCUAGGGGAAAUCUAAACACCAAAAGGAUUCUAGUGUAUAUUAGGAGGAAUUGCAGGGAAAAUGAUGGUGUGAUGUUUUUGAAAAGGUUUCAGGUCUAGUUUUUAUAAGCACAUUACGAGAGUUGCAGAUUGACUGGGGUUGCUUUGUUGGAGGCUGCUGGUUACAGUUGGGCCCAGAGUAUUUGCUCAGUGAGUACUUCAGGACUGCUUUUCAAUUAUCUUAACACACUGAUUAAACUACUUAUUAAGAAUCAUUGUAUUGUCAAUGGAUUUGUGAGAGAACAUGACAGACACUAAAACUACUUAUCUUUUGAAACUGUAACAUGUGACUCCUUAGAGCUCAUGUCUGUAGAAAGUUUCUAAUUCCACUGAUAUCUAUAAACCUCUUUAAGGGAGAGACCGGGAGAGCAGCAUUCUCGGAUACUGUCACUGUUAUCUUCCUUGCUUCGUGCAAGGUUGAGUUUCUUUCACAGUAUCAUAUCGUAUAAAGUCAAUUCUCCUAAGUGUCCAGUGCCUGUUCCUAGACCUACUUGUUGGGAACACACUCAUAACUCUCUUAUCCAGCUAACAAGCUAACUUGUGGAUAGUGUUUACAAAAGUACUACUUCCAAGGAAAUGCUCUACUUCUCAAGGCAUUUGCGAAGACUUCAGAGCCUUUCCUGAAGGGUGACCUUUUCUGGGAUAUUUGUACCAGGUCAGGGUUUUUUGUGUUGUUUUCAAAUAAGUUUGACUAAAGUUGGGCUGACAGUUUUUGUAUACCUGCUUUAAUGUUUAUAAAAUUUUUAUUGAGGUAUAAUUAAAAUAUAGUGUAAUGCACAGAGGGUUAAGUAUUCUUACCUGCUUUAAUUUUGAAACAGAUUUUUAUUGUCAGACAAAUUUGAAAGCAUGUGUUUAACACAUGGAUAUAAUUUAGCUUUGUAUGAAUUUUGAAUCCAAGGCAAUUUCCCAAGUGUAAAAGUUAGAGCCAUUUUUCAGAACUUGAUUAUACCACAUUACCAAAUAAUCAGCCUUGAUUCAUUUCUAGAGGAAGAGAAUUUUGAAUUAGAGAAUGAACUAGGUCUGCUUCCCAUUUAAGAUAAGGGGAAAGUAGCAGUUUAGAAAAUGUGAGGCAGACUGAAAUUCUCAGCUCCCAUUUCUUCUUAGCCUUAAAAUAAUAUUCUCUUUCUUCUAGUUUGGGAACAUAUAGAGAAAGUUUUCAAACAAGAGGCCAUUUUCAAUUUCUGAAGUUUCAUGCUGGUGAAAGCAGCAGUAGGUGCCAGUGAGGGCAGUAGCCCUCUAGCCAAUGCAGUGGAGCAGUUUGCCCCUCCUGCUUUUGUUCUUAGAACCUUGUUAAAGCGUCUUUGGGGUUUUGUUCUCCCUCUCCCUCUCCCUC